AAAAGUGCAGCUUUGAAAGUGGUAAAGUGGGAUCUGACUUCCAAUGGGAGCGUUGCUUAAGAAUGCAGAACCAAUGCGACUUUUGCAAACGAGAACAUAUUGCAAACGGUUUAUUUAUUUGCAUUUAACAAGAGCCGAGCACUUUAUGAGUAAAGCCAAUAGGAGUAUUAAGACGGCACAGAUUUCUUAAAGCACCUUCUGAGCUACGUGUGUAAAUAUGUAUCAACAUAUUAUUUACCAAGAUGCAUCGUGUUACGUGUAAUUUCUCAGGACAGUUUGGACGAAGAGAGAAGCCGGUGGACGUUUAGUGAGCAGUAUAGGAGGACAAGAAGAGAUGGCAUGGUCCGAUGAGGCACAAUAAAGGCAAAGAUUCAAUGAGCGACGACAGACUCUUUCAGAUGAGGUGAAUUAAGCAGAAGUCAAACCUGGAUCAGCCUGGAUCUUCCCUGUUGCAAAGUGCAUCAUUUCAGGUUUAUUAGCUUGACGAUGGUCACACGUCGUUGGAGUUCCUUCCAUUGCUGCUUCUGCCCAUCAUUCAUCUUUGCAGCCAUGAGCUCACAGGGUGCCCAACUCUCCUACCAUUACAAGUCUUUUUGUGGGGACUAUGAUAGAGUGGAAACAGCUCUCGAAAGGUUGGAGGCCAGUGGCUAUUACUGGAGCACUCUUUCAGGUACUGAUGCUAAAAAGAUCUUAUCCAACCAGCCCGUUGGUUCCUUUCUCAUCCGUGACUCUUCAGACCAUCAUCACCUAUUUACUCUUAGUCUUCGUACAACUGCUGGAAUUACCAACCUACGCAUUAAACUUGAGGGCACUUCUUUUUACCUAGAAACAGUGGCUGGAACAGAGAGCCCUCCAACCUUUCCAUGUGUGGUAAAGCUGGUUGAACAUUACAUGAGAUUGACAGCAGCAGGAGAAUCUGACUCUAAUCUGUGCUACAUUGAAGGGAAGGAACAGACAGUCCCUCUAAUGCUUAGGCAACCGUUAAAUUGUAAAGUUGUGUCUCUUCAAUAUUUGUGUAAACAGACAGUGGUGGCCAACAUGCCAGCAGGAGCAUCUGGCUCUGAUGGGGUCUUGGAGGAACUUCCUGUUUCUAAGAUGCUUCAAAAUGCCUUCCAAAACUAGAUAUGUUUUAUUAAGCUGGGACACUUAAGUGCACUGAAAUACCAUCAUGCCAGUCUUUUAAGAAAACAUGUUCACAGCACCUUGUUUCCAUGUUUGGUAACAUUCUAUACGAUGCCUCAGGAAAGACAAAAGAAAAUGAAAAUGUUAUUUAGGAACUCAAUAGGGUUUUGGUUUUGUGCAAGAACAGUGCAUUAUUUCUAUACAUGUAAAAGUUAGAAACAUUAUCGUAACCAUACACUGUUAUGUAAUUGGAUUGACAUAAGUGAUUUGUGUUUGCUUAUUUUUUUGUUUAAAGUACAGUAGCAGCAUACCACGGACCUAAUGUAGGAACAUGUUAAGCUGAUGCUACUAUCUCUUCUGUUUCAAACACAGAGUCUGAAAUUUUCCCAUGAUAUAAUAUUAAAUACAACGUACGUUUACCUUUACUUAAUUAUCAUUCCUGUCAUUGCUUCUUUUUAGCUAUGCCUACUGAAUUUUCUAGUAUGUUUUGCAUCAUUGUUGUGUUGAAAUAUAUUUUUCCUGGUUCCACUUCAUCUUUCAUACAAAUGUGCUCACAUUCUCAUCAGUGUUGAUCUCAUUCAUUGUUGACUCAAUAAAUGCAACUGCCCAUGUACAUGAA